AUGGCCAAACCACCACACUCGCCCCUUUUGUGGCGACGAAUAAAUCAAUCCCUCUCUCCUCCUCGCCCCGCCUAUAUCGCAAGGCUAGAGCCCUCCACUCUGUGUCACCGCGGCGCAUCUUCACGACCUUUCCACACAACCCCGAUCCGAGCAGGACCUCGCAAAACACCGGCCCUCCGAAGAGCCGCGGCAAGGAAUAUCCCCGGUGGCUUCAGUCUACCGCAUACAGCCAAGAAUGGACAGCGAUUAGACCGAGACGGCUUUUGGUGGGCUAAAAUCAAAACCGACGUGAACGUCUGUCUCAGAGAAUUCGACGGGAUCGCAAACGACCUCUAUGAAUUGACCUCGCGAAGGAAAAUGAUGCCACCAGGCGUGAGCUUCAAGACCUUCAAGACUGUCGCUGAGCAGCUGAUCAGGCUGAGCCACUCCGAACAUGCUAGUCAGGGCAAUAUCAAAACGAUUUCAACAGAUGUCGACGCGGUAUACCGAAUCGGAGCUUGUCUUUAUCCUCUUAAGCUUGGCCCUGCUAUCAAGGAAUGGGCGAUGAGUGCCUGCGCAAAAGCCAAGUCCCGUCGAGCUGUUGUCGAAUUAGUCAACAAAUAUAUUGAACUCGAAACCGUCGACAUCCACCGAAACACUGAGUGGAUCGCUACCGUCAAGGAUCUUGCCCUGAUAGACGAGUUCCCACCGGCGGUUUUGCUCUACGCCAAGAUCCUCACCUGGCGCGGCGAGAAUGAAACGGCUGCCCAGCUCCUGGAAGAGAAGAUUCUGCCGUACAUUCGGCCUUCGCCGAGAGUUUCCGACUGCUACUUCACAGAUGUAACAGUGGGCAACAUGAUGGACUCGCCAUUGCGGCUAUAUGGGCUUGCUAUUGCCCAAACAAAAGGCUUCGAUGAGGUUUCAAAGGUGAUGGAACGUGCAGCACUGGAGUUUUACGAGCCUAUCGCAUUAACAGAGUUGGCCAUCACGAAACUGGAGGUGGAUGACUUCGAUCGUUACGAGGAGUUGAUGAGCAUGGGAGCAGCCGCCGGCUACGGCAAGGCAUGCUUCUAUCUUGCGAAUUACUAUCUUCGUGUUUCACUAGGCGAAUUCCUCACUCGACAGGAGCGCGAAACAUUGACCAGAGUGGAACCAACUGGAUGGGCGAAAACCUUUGAGCCUUUCACAUUAUGGCUUGAUUCAAUCGUCAACAAGCCGUGGAGCCGCUUGAUAUACAGAGAACUAGCUCUUGAUUGGUAUGCCGUUGCUGAGGCUACGGGAAACCAAACCGCCUUACUCAUUCAAGCCAUGGUGCAGCGUGAAAAGGGCGACAAGGUUGGGGCUCGUAAGCUGUUUGACCGCAUCAAUUUAGAAAGGCUCUCGUCCGAAUUGCCUGUGAAGGCCAUCAAGACCUUGGAGGCAGGGUGGGAUGAUCCGGAUCUCAAACCUGAGUAUCCGAUUAAGUUCAUGCCUCUGGGCUGA